AUGGACUACGAACCCUACGAUAGUAGUGGAACUGAUGAUGAUCUUCCACCAACUCAUCAAAAUAGAAUCCCCAGAGGAGCACGUCCUGCAAUGAAUGGAAGAUCUGCAGGAGCUUCAUACCCCAUGAUGUAUGGCGAAAUUGAUAUGGAAAGUCAAAUUCACCAACUUGAGAAGGAAGCAUACAGUUCAAUUCUCCGAGCCUUCAAAGCACAAGAUGAUGCCAUUACUUGGGAGAAGGAAAGUUUGAUUACAGAACUUAGGAAAGAACUAGGAUUAUCAAACGAGGAACACAGAGAACUUCUAGGUCAAGUUAAUGCAGAUGAUGUAAUACGAAAUAUAAGGGAGUGGAGACAGGCAGGAGGCCAUCAGCCUGGUAUGCUGAAUAUUGGGCAAGCUAUUCAUGAUUCAAUUCCAAGUGCCACCGUCUCUGUACCUCGAAAGAAGCAGAAGAUAAUGCCGUCAGCUCCUUCAGAAUCUUUUGGUGGGCCUUCUCCAUUUCAUCCCCAACCUGUGGCUGCACCCCUUCAGCCAUCUUCGGUGGCAAAACGAGGAUCAGUUUCUGGAUCUAAAGGCAAGAAGCACAAACCUGGCCAAGUAUUACCGGGUGUAUCUUCAAUGAAGCAAUACCCUUCAUCAGGACUUGGUGGAAGGAAUCAUAGAGCACCUUCUGGUGUUGUCAUGGGUGAGCUCUCUAAGGGAGCAUCACUGGAUUCACUAGUUGGUAGGAAAGUGCGAACACGAUGGCCUGAUGACAACAACUUUUAUGAAGCUGUUAUAUCUGACUAUAAUAGAGCUGAUGGUCGACAUGCUUUGGUCUAUGACAUGGGGACUGCAAAUGAAGCAUGGGAAUGGGUUAAUCUGUCAGAGAUCUCUCCUGCAGAUAUUCAGUGGGUAGGUGAGGAUCCUGGAGUCAAUCAUGGUGGGGGUUUUGGUGGAUCUGGUAAUGGGAUGAUUAGGUCUGUAGGACGUGAUAGUGUUCCAGGAGCUGUACGAGGUAGGGGAACCGCAAAGGGGCAAUCCAGAAAAGAUUUCUUUCCAUCACAGAAUGGAAUAGGCAAGAAGGCUGUAGAUGAUAUACACAUACUUCACACAGACACGCUAGUGAAGAAGGUGGAGAGGGUAUUCAAUGCAGAUCAUCCUGAUGCACUUGAAAUUGAGCAAGUCAAAAAAGUAUUGAAGGAUCACGAGCAAGCUCUUGUUGAUGCAAUUGCGAGACUUGCAGAUCUUUCUGAUGGCGAAAGUGGUAUUUUUCUGUUCUGA